AUGGUGGAAUCUAAUGCUCAGAUAUCACAAUACGCUCGGGAUAAAGCACAUAGAACUAGAUUAUCGAUAGAAUCGUACUACGCUCAAAGUGCUCUACAAUGUGCUGAACGAGAACGACGCGCUAAGAAAUUAGAAGCCCAAAUGACUGAAAAAGGUAAGUUAGCCGUUUUAUCUAAUAAUUUGAAUUUAGGUUUAUCUGAAACGGAAAAGGAAGAAAAAAGGAAAGCUCAGGGAAACAAGGAAUCAGAUUACUUGCGGCUACGAAGGACACGGUUAUCGGUAGCCGACUUCAGAUCACUUAAAGUAAUCGGGCGAGGUGCAUUUGGAGAAGUCAGGUUAGUACAGAAGGAGGACACUGGUCAUAUUUAUGCUCUUAAGAUCCUCCGGAAAUCAGAAAUGCUGGAAAGAGAACAGGUAUGCGCUCAUCGAUAAUAUAAUUGGGUUUUAAACUGUAUUAUGUAUAUUUAGAUAACAAAAUGAUAUACUAUUGGGUGUUUUAGACUGCUCACGUGAGAGCUGAGCGCGAUAUACUUGCUGAGGCUGAUUGUGAAUGGAUUGUCACAAUGUACUUCUCCUUUCAAGAUGAGUUGAAUUUGUAUUUGGUGAUGGAGUUUCUUCCUGGUGGUGAUAUGAUGACGUUAUUGAUAAAACGAGAUACUUUAACUGAAGAAGAAACACUUUUCUACAUAUCUGAAGCAGCGUUGGCAAUUCAAGCGAUUCAUCACAUGAACUUUAUUCAUCGUGAUAUAAAGCCGGAUAAUUUGUUGUUGGAUGCUAGAGUAAGUAACCGUUUUGUGCUUAAAGCUUUAAGAAUCAUUUUACUUUGAAUGCACAUUAAUGUAAGAUUUGUAUUUUCAGGGUCACAUAAAGCUGUCCGAUUUUGGCCUUUGCACUGGACUGAAGAGAAUUCAUCGUACUGAAAUGUACCGUAAUUGGCCCUCUCAGUUGCCAUCAGAUUUCUUUGCCAAAGGGUUUGAAUCUAAAAGGAAGGCGGAGACGUGGAAGAAGAAUCGCAGGGCAUAUGCCUACUCUACUGUGGGAACUCCCGACUACAUAGCACCAGAGUUGUUCCAAUCGAAUGGGUACACUAAGAGUUGUGAUUGGUGGUCUUUGGGGGUGAUAAUGUUUGAGAUGUUGAUUGGAUAUCCACCAUUCUGUUCCGAAACACCACAGGAAACCUACAGGAAGGUUUGUAAUUGGCAGCAAACGUUGAUCUUUCCUCCUGAGAUUCCGAUUUCUAUUGAAGCCAAAGCUGUGAGUUGGUUAAAUUAUUAUUUAGAACAUUAUCCAUGAUUCCAAAGUUGAGGAAUUUGAAGGUAUUUUAUGUUAUGGUUGUUAGGAUGGUGAAUUUAUUGUUUUAGACGAUUAAACGGUUUUGUUGUGAAUCAGAGAAGAGAAUGGGACACAAUAAAGGUAUUGAUGAGGUGAAACAAUGUCCGUUUUUCAAAAGAAUGGACUGGGAUCACAUCAGAGAACUGCCUGCUCCAAUUCGCAUCGAAGUACGAGGGAUCGCUGACACUUCCAACUUUGACGACUUUGGAGAAUGUGAACCAAUUAUAUGUGAGAAAUACUUUUUUUGUUUUUGAAUUUCUAAGAAAGUUUGUUGUUGUGCACAUUUAUAUUAAUUUAUUUACUGUGACUUUCAGCGGAGGCAAACAUUCCGAGCACGUCACAUCCAGCUGUCACUGACAAGGGCGAGUUCCUUCACUACACUUUCCAACGUUUCCAACACCUUACGCAUAUAAUGCGACGCGAUAAUAAACCGGUAGGUUUGCUUAAAAUAAAUUAGCAUAUCUUUUUAGUCAUCAGUACCUAACUUCGAUCAGAACACAUCCAGAAGUUCGAACGAGUUCUCUGACACGACGCAAUAA